UGCAUGUUUCCUACCAAAUCUUUGCACUGAACUGCAUGGAACUGCUGCCUCAGACCUGAAGGGUUCGUUUCUAAUCUGGUUUUCAGAUAACAGGAAACUGGUCUUUCAGGAUUUUAUGUUUGUGUUACUGCUUUAUUUGUAUCCUCCAUCCCUGUUAAACCUCUUUGUUAGUCCUCCUGUUAUUGGUGUGUUUAUCAGACAACUGGCAAAAGGUUAUGUCACGUAACUGUGUGUCAUUUGCUCUUUGUCCCAGAUUUCCCAAUUUCAUUUUGGCCACCCUCAUGAAAGAAAAACAAGACACAUGUGUGCAAAAGUUCACAGUUCUGAAAUGACAUCUUGUUUGAGUGCGUGCUGUAAAAAUUCUAUUAAAAUCCAGAAAUAAGCACCAAACAGCAACUACACGAUAACCGAUUAGAUUAUAGAUACAGAUAAAUGUCCUGCUCAUCAGAAAAAGCAGAAAUUGUGUGAGUCAUCAUUGAUUUUUGUGGACAUGAGUGUUUUUAUUGAGGACUAAUCUUCUUAUCUUGAGUCAGACACCGGAACUGGGUCUAAUGUGAUCGGAAUAUAAUCCUAAUUGGCUGAUUUCAUGCGUAAAAAUGGUGGAGUGCCCCUUAAAUUAGGACAUCAGUAGGAUCUCUACAUAGCUGAAAUGCUCAAGUUUUUAAUUAAAAAAUUCUCUUUAUCUACAUUUCCUAAUCACAUUUGGACUGAUCCAAUGUGAUUGUUGAAUGCCAUGCACCUUGUGUAGUUUAUGACUACUGAUUAUCAUAGUACCUGUCAAAAUCACUUUAAACCACUUAAAAUCACAGUGCUUUGAAAGGUGUAAAUGCUCUCUAUCUAUCUAUCUAUCUAUCUAUCUAUCUAUCUAUCUAUCUAUCUAUCUAUCUAUCUAUCUAUCUAUCUAUCUAUCUAUCUAUCUAUCGUCAGGUGAGCAGCAGUGCAGCUGUUGUCCUGCAGGGGGCAGCACCUGUCUGCUGUCAGCUCUGCUUUGUUUACUCUUACUUCCGUAGCAUGUGAGCUAACAGCAGCUUUCUGUCACUCCUCCUGCUCCUCCUGUCGGGUUAUUGACACCUGGAAUACUUUUUCCCUAAAAUGUCUCCUCCGCUGCUCCUUAGGGCUUUCGUGAACGAGCGACUGACAGCUGCUGCAGAGGAAAUAUUUCAGGUUUUUGAAAAAACUAUCGCGAAAUAUGAAGAAGAAGCUUCCAGCUCCAAGCAGGAGAUCGAGCGACUCAGAGGUCUGCUGCUGGAGUUCAUGUCAAACCAGAAGACAGGUGUCUCUCAGACAUCUGGAUGUAAAGAUGAAACUCCCUCUGAGCUGGAGCCGAGCAUCAGCCUCCAUCAGGAUCCCGAUCCGGAGCGUCGACACAUCAAACAGGAAGAUCAUGAACUCUGGGCCGAUCAGCAACAAGAAGAUGACCAGCAGGUGGGAGAGUUUAAUGACCCGAAUAUAUUAUACCGUCCUCGGUCUUCUGUCUGGGAGGAAGAUGAGCAGGAGGACACUAAACCUUCUCUGCAACCUCACAUUCAAAACUCUGAACACGAGGAGGAGUUUGAGGAGGUGCAGGAAGAUAAAACUGUCCAUUUUAUAUCACCUCUUGUCUCAAACACUUCUCCACAAACUCUGAUCCUAAAUGAAAAUGUCCAAGAUGGAAGAGAAAGUGACAGACCUGCUGCGAGUUUUACUGCAGACCAAACACAGACUGAACAAAGUCAGACCUUUUAUAGCAUUUCUGCUGAGUUAUCUCAGUUAAACUCAGUUGCGCCGGACUAUCCUUGCUAUUUGUGCAGCAAAUCUUUCUCCUCCAGUCACCAUUUGAUAAAUCACGCUUUACGCGUUCAUUCGAAGGACGAAGACGUCAUCUGCGCUGUGUGUGGAAAAACCUUAGCGUCAACCGAGAGUCUUAACGUGCACCUUCAGUCCCACAAGGGCUCAAAAUGUUGUCAAAUGUGUGGGAAACACUGCAACAGUACGACGGCUCUGACCGAACACAUGGCGAGCCACGCCGGCGUGAAGCUGCAUCGCUGCCACGUCUGCGGGAAGGAGUGCAGCCGGAAAGGAGACUUAAAAAUCCACAUGAGGAUUCACACGGGAGAGAAGCCUUUCUGCUGCUCGUUCUGCUGCAAGAGUUUCACCCACAGCGGACACCUGAGGAAGCACAUGAGGAGCCACACAGGAGAACGACCGCACAGGUGUGACGUCUGCGGCCGAGGGUUUCUGCAGAGCGCUCACCUGAAAUACCACCUGGGGACUCACGCUCAGAAAUGCUGAGUUUUCCAUCCAUGUGGACUCAUAAAUAUUAAACAAAUGUUCUAAAGAGAGAACUCAAGGGAAAAUGUUUUGUGCUGAGUGUUAGCAGUAAGACGCAUUUAUUAUUUAACUUAAAACAAAAUGUAAAAGUCACAUUCAGGAGCAGCUGUCAGGUGAUUGGUCAGAGACAACAGCUGCACCUGUCAUAUUCUUAAUUCUUUUAUAAAAUACGAUCAGAGAAUAAAUCCUGCAACUGAUUUUCCCCACAAAAACAAUCAGUGUUCAAAUGAAAAUAAAUGAAGACACAUGACAAGUGAUAAAAAAAACACAAUAUCAGUUUAAAAGUUGCAGUCCUUUUAAAAUAUGUAAUUAUUGUUAAAUUAUUAUUUUAUUAAUUUUGAUAGAGUAUUUUUAAACAUUAAGAUAUUUGAUUAGUAGCUCUUCUUAAGUCUGCAGUUGGGAUCAUUUCUCACCUUUUUAAGUGCAGAAUUUGACUUUCAGCAGUUCCAACUCUGAGCUUCACUAAAUCAUUUACAGAACCUGUAUUCUGGACUCUGUUCUGAGCAAUAAAUAACGCUGCUGAUACAUCAAGAAAUAAACUGUGUCUUUGUCAUUAUUGCUUUUUUGAAGCAGAAUUUGAAUGCUGGUAAAUCUGUGUGUGCUGCAGAAGUUUAAGAUCAAACUGGAGCAUGAGGCACUUUUUAAUCACAACUUUUCAGGUCCACAGAUGUGAUCUUUGCUUGUCGUCAUACACUGAAUAAAAAGCUGCACAUUU